CCAAAUUGUGUUUUUAGCGUUUUUUUUUAAUAAUUUUUAAUGAAAUAAUCUUAUUUUUUUAACUAGGAAAUCCUAUUUUUAUCACAUAUUAUAUUUGUAUAAUUCACUCCAAGCCUAAAUCUUAAGAUGUCUGCUGGUAUCGAUCAAAAAGCUUACCUUCAGAAGUAUUUGACUGGUUCAUCAGGUGAAAAGAAGAAAAAGAAAAAGAAAGCAUCUAAAGGAACAGGAUUGAAGAUAAUAGAUGAUGAUUUAGACUUCUCAAAGCUGCGGUCGUUGGAAGGUGAUGAAUUGGAUAUCCUGGAUCAGGGGGAAGAUGCUCCGCAGAUCGCCGGUAUAAUAGACGAGAGGCCGGAGGAAAUAAAGAAAUUGGAAGAGUUCAAAACUACCUCAAAAUGGAGAGUAAUUAACCAGGAUGAUGGUUUCAACAGUAGACUAAAAGUAGAAGAAGUGAAGAGGGACAUAAAGGAAGUUGAAAAAGAAAAUGAAAUUGUAUUUGGCAAAAUGUACAGUGACUCGGAGGAUGAGAAGAAAAAUGAUUCAGAUGCAUCUCCCCCGAGAAAAACACAAAGUAAAAGUAAAAACUCAAAAACAACAAAGAAACCCCAAAAUAAUAGUGAUAGUGAUUUUAGUCCACCCAGAAAGUCACAUAAAAAAGACAGAGGGGAAUCAUCUAGAAAUAAAACAGACAAGAGAAAAGAACAAAGUAAUAGCGAUGCUAGUCCUCCUAGAAAAUCUACAAGACGAGAGAACGGGGAAUCCAGAAAUAAAGAUAGAUCUAGAAAAGAUUGUUACAAAAGUGACAGUGAUGCAAGCCCUCCCAGAAAAACAUCAAAGCAAUAUGAUUCAGAUGUUUCUCCACCAAGGAAAAGUAAAGAAAGUAAAUCUAGAAGUAAGAAUAAUAGUGAUAGUCGUCACAGAAAGAGCACAAAGCAAGACUCUGACACAUGUCCUCCGAGAAGAAAAGAUGCAAAGUCUAGAAAUAAAUAUGACAGCGAUGCUAGUCCUCCCAGAAAGCAUUCCAAGAAGUAUGAUUCUGACACAUCACCUCCAAGAAAAAGUAAGGAAAAUAGAUCUAGAAAAACAUAUGGCAGUGAUGCAAGCCCUCCUAGAAGAAAAAAGAAUAGAGAUUCCGAUUCAGAUCUCUCUCCGCCACGAAAGAGAGAAAAGCCUAAAGAGAGAGUACGAAAGCCUUCAAGAUGGGGUGAUUUUGAAGAACCAAAACCCAGUAAAUACACAAGGGAUGACUCUGAUGCUUCACCACCACGAAGGAAAGAAUCAAGGCAAAACAAAUCUGACUCCGAUGCAUCCCCUCCAAGAAAAAGACCGGAACAAGGAAGUAAUAAGAAAAGAUCUAGAAACAACUCCGACUCGUCCCCGCCAAGAAGGAAUAGAAGGAAUUCUGAUAGUCCACUGCCAACUAAUAAGAAAAUGGCGCGGACUCUUGAAGGCAAGAUGGCGGGACUACAAGACGCUAAAGCUCUUAAGCGAGAGAAUGAAGAGUUCAGGCAGAAAGAAGAUGAAGCUUUCCGGAACAUGUCACAUGAAGUUUCAGGACGGAAUGCCCAAGUUGUUUCUAGAAAGAGCAAACGGGAGACGUCAGAAGAUCGACAGAAGUUGAAAGAGAAAGCUGAAAGACAGAAGGAGUUAGAUGAGAAAUACAAGAAAUGGAGUAAAGGCUUAAAACAAGUGGAGGCCCAACAGGAGCGAGUACAGGACUUCCUCCAUGAAGCCUCCAAGCCGUUAGCGAGGUAUCGUGAUGACAGAGACCUGGAGGCCCGGCUGAGAGAUGAGGACAGAGACGGGGAUCCGAUGCUGCAGUAUGUGAGAGAGAGAAAGAGAGAGCGAGGAGAGAUGGGACCUGAAAAACCAAUGUACAAGGGUAACUUCCCACCGAACAGAUUCAACAUCCGACCAGGCUAUCGCUGGGACGGUGUUGACCGGUCCAACGGUUACGAGUCCAAAUACUUCCAGCAUCAAAGCAAGAGGAAAGCUCAAGAGGAAGAGGCAUAUAAAUGGAGUACUGAGGACCUAUGAUGAAAUAAAUGAUAUCAAAAUGCGGUUGUUUAA